CCGAGCUAACCCCUAUUUUUUGGCUCCUAAUUUCCUUAGAAUACUUGCGCAUCUCUUCCCUAUUCUUUUAGUUAUUGAUAGACAUGCUCCCAUCUGUCAAGGAGCUGCUGGUGCUCAGCGAUCGCACAAUGCUCGGUACCUCACCGCCACCACAGCAGCAGCACCCUGUUCCACCGAAUGUGCUGCCAGCGCUUUCAGCACCACCACAUGUGCCUAGGGUCAGCAGCCCACCAACCCCAGAAAUGUCCACCGCUAAUAGCAAAUUCUACAGUGUGCCUGUUAAAGGCAUGGCGGCGUCAAUAACGCUGGUACCCGUAUGCCAAAAGCAGCGGCCAGGGCGCAAGGCCGACAGCAGCAGCCGGUACACGAGCAGCCCGGGUGCACGCAACUACCGGUGCGGUAUGCAAAGCUGCGCUGCUUCGUUCAAGAGACCUGAGCACCUGAAGCGGCAUAUGCUGACCCACACGCAAAUCCGGCCCUUCAAGUGUACGGCAGGUGGGUGCGGAAAGCGAUUCAGUCGGCGUGAUAAUUACAUAACCCACUGUAAAAAGCACGAAACCUCGGAGUCGGCCUCCGAGGGCAGCUCGGGGAAGCGGAGCCGGUACAGUAGCGAGUCUGUGCAGAGCUCAGUAGGCAACACGCCGAGGUCGUCGCCAGAGCCCCGGCCGUCGAGCAUCUUCAGCCUGCUCAAUAACGAGGCAGAGCACGAAACGCACAGUGGCGGGGUAACAAUUAGUAAGCACACAAGCAACAAUGGCGCGAUCACUACUGCCAGUGAUGCCACCCCCUGGGCUGCUGAUGGGCAAUCGGCAAGCCAGCCAUCUCCACAAUCUUCCGCAUCACACACAGCAAGUCGGCAGCAGCAGCAGCAGCAGCCGUCUGCCACUCCCAGCCUGCCGCCACUGGAGUUGCUGGCUUACGCCUCGUCACGCACCGAAACUGUCCGUCCCUCGACACCAGGCCAGUCUGUGCAUCUGCCAUCCAUUGCCCAUUUUUCUUCGCCAUCGCCUACAUCCUCUCAAAGCAGCCCUGCAGCUACACAUCGAGUCGAGACCUCAGUGGUCACUGUGCAGGGGUCGACGCAGGAGCCAAUGGUUACAACAGCGUCCACAACCAUUGUCGGCGGCGACCCAGCGAAGCCGUUCAUGUGCUCGUUGUGCAAUGCUCGAUUUGGCCGCCUCGAGCACGUCAAGCGCCACCAUAUGGUGCAUACGAAUGAGCGCCCAUUCUCCUGUCCGACCUGCAAAAAGACAUUUGCACGGAAGGACAACAUGAUCCAGCAUGUCCGCGCCCACGAACGCAAGAAGGCACCAUCCACUCUGUAAAUUUUAACCAUCAAACUGUGCCUCUUGAAUAUAUGGCAUUUCGACG